AUGGUUGCCGAAGAUACAUCUAAACGUAUUCUGCAAGACAUCAAGGCAGAAUUGGCCAACACACCAUACAACUUCGGUUCUGCUCGACUGCUCACUGGAGGAACAGCGAAUUUCAUCUACCAGGCGCGCCUAAAUCAACCUCUUCCCGAUGGGAUGUCGGAAGUGGCCAUCAAGCAUGGCGAAGGCUUCGUCCGCCAAAGCCCAGACUUCAAGCUCACUACCUCCCGUUGCCGCAUCGAGGAGUCUUGUCUUAAGUAUCUAGCGGCGUUUCCGCCGUACAUAAACUCGAAUGUCUCAGUUACCACACCGAAGUUAUUCUACUUCAACAGAGACACCAACACGCAAGUGCAAGAGUACCAGCCAACCCCGCUCAGCCUCAAGCUCUACGCGAUUGAGCACUUUGCACUCUUGGAACCCGCAUUAGUAAGAGCUCAAUGUCUUGAGAUUGGUCUGGGAAUUGGCCAAUGGCUCCGACAAUUUCACGACUGGAGCAACUCGCCGGCACAAUCCAACCUGCGUGAGAUUGCUUUGGCGAACAAGGAAAUGCAGUCUAUCAAGCAUUGGGCCAACUACCAGCAGCUUCCGAACGCGAUGAAAAGACACCCGACGGUGUUUCGUGGUUGUGGAGACAUCUUCAAUGCCAUCGUGGGAAAGUCGACCGAGGAAUUGAUGGACCAGAAAAGUCUCCAGGUCAUCCACGGGGACUUCUGGACGGGAAACAUUCUCUUGCAAGGGGUACGGUGGGAAUCGCGGCGUAUGCAUCUCUUUGUAGUAGACUGGGAGAUGUUCCAGGUUGCCCUCACACCGUUGGAUCUCGGUCAGAUGAUCGCAGAGCUUUAUCAGCUGAAGCUGUACAAAAACCUGGAUGCUGGCCUGUGGUUGAUUGAAGGCUUCACCAAAGGCUAUGGUGAUGUUGAUGACAGUUUCGCCUUCAGAACGUUGCUUCAUGUCGGCGUGCAUCUCAUUGGUUUUGGAACCACUGUGCCCGAUUGGGGUGAUGCAGAGCAGGUAGAAAAUGUAGCAGCAGUAGGACGGGAAGUUGUGUUAAGUGCUUGGGCGAAAAGUCGGCGGUGGUUCGACGACCACCCGCUUGGUUGCAUUUUCUCUUCACCUUAA